GCGACCUCCGUCUCCAUGGCGCCGCCCACCUCCCCCGCGGCCGUCGCGGCGGCCGCCCGCGCGGCGCCCACUCCGGCCGCGGCGCUCGCGCUCUUCAAAUCUGCGCUGUCCGCCGACCCGGCGCUCUCCCCGCUCGCCGUGCUGCCGCACCUCUCCGCCACCCCGUCGCUGCCCCACCUGCUCCUCACCGCCUCAAUCGCCGGCCGCCCGCACACCACCUCGCUCAGCCUCUACUCGCGGCUCAAGUCUCUCUCCCUCCCCAUCCCCACCGCCACGCUCCACCCGCUCCUCUCCUCCCUCCCCUCCGCCCCCGCCUUCGUCCUCUUCGCCGACAUCUUCCGCCUCCGCCUCCCGCUCUCCACCACCACCUUCAACAUCAUGUUGCGCCACCUCUGCUCCUCCGGCAAGCCCGUCCGCGCGCUGGAGCUCCUCCGACAGAUGCCCAGCCCCAACGCCGUCACGUACAACACCGUCAUCGCCGGGUUCUGCGCCCGCGGCCGCGUCCAGGCGGGGCUGGAUAUCAUGCGGGAGAUGCGGGAGCGGACCGGUAUUGCGCCCGACAAGUACACCUACGCCACGGUUAUCUCCGGGUGGUGCAAGGUCGGCAAGGUCGAGGAAGCAGCCAAGGUGUUCGACGAAAUGCUGGCUGAGGGAGAGGUGGAGCCAAAUCCGAUGAUGUACAACUCGUUGAUAGGCGCAUACUGUGACCGGGGAAAUCUGGAGGCCGCGCUGCGUUGCCGGGAAGAAAUGGUAGCGAGGGGGGUUUCCAUGACUGUCGCGACAUACAAUUUGUUUGUGCACGCGUUGUUCAUGGAAGGGCGUGCUGCGGAGGCGCAUGCAUUGGUUGAGGAGAUGGGUGGAAAGGGGCUUGCACCAGAUGCGUUCACGUACAAUAUAUUGAUCAACGGUUACUGCAAAGAGGGUAAGGAGAAGAAAGCAAUGAAGAUGUUUGAACAUAUGGCUGCGAAAGGGAUUUGUACGACCGUGGUGACCUAUACGUCAUUGAUAUAUGCCUUGUCUAAGAAGGGGAUGGUUGAGGAGGCCGAUAGGCUGUUUGAUGAGGCUGUGAGGAGAGGCAUCAGGCCUGACCUUGUCAUGUACAAUGCCCUGAUCAAUAGCCACUGCACUGGUGGUGAUAUGGACCGGGCAUUUGAGAUCAUGGGAGAAAUGGCAAAGAAGAGGAUCACACCUGAUGACGUGACAUACAAUACUCUAAUGAGGGGGCUGUGCUUGCUGGGGCGUCUUGAUGAAGCGCGUGGGCUCAUUGACAAGAUGACAAAGAGGGGUAUCAAGCCAGACCUUGUCAGUUACAACACCCUGAUUAGCGGCUACAGCAUGAAGGGUGACAUCAAGGAUGCUCUGAAGGUUCGAGAUGAGAUGAUAGACAAGGGGUUCAACCCAACACUUUUGACAUAUAAUGCAAUGAUACAAGGGCUCUGCAAGAAUGGCCAGGGAGACGAUGCCGAGGAGCUGGUGAAAGAAAUGGUGGGCAAUGGCAUCACCCCUGAUGACAGUACAUAUAUUUCACUGAUCGAGGGACUUACCACUGAGGACGAGCGGCUGGCCGCAGAAGAUGCUGUAAAAGCGUGAGCUUUUCGGGAAGCAGAAGCAAGAGUUUUUUUAGGAAGCAGAGGACCGCAAAAUGAUCAUUUUGAUGAUGACUGACGCCGAACUGUCGGCAAUGUGGAUCAGCCUACUCCUUGGCCAAGUUAGCCUUUCCAAUGGUUGAAUCUUUUGUCAUCUAUAAACACGGGUGAUGAAAUAUGUCAAGACCAAAAUUUUCAGAGAUGGAAAGCACUGGUCGAGUUUUUUUGAAGAUCACCAAGUACUUGGAAUAUACGGAGACUGGAUCUUUCAACCUGGUUGGAUCAUUACUGACAUUCCUAUUUAUUUGGAUGCAAUACUACCCUGCCUUCUUGUGCUUGAUAGAACUAGGGAUAUUAUCUGCAAGAAUAGGUGAAUUCUGUAAUACUGUAAUAGGUCGUGCUUUCAGAAUGCAAGUUCAUAUCUGUUGCUGCUACUCAGAUGAUACUCGGAUUGUUAUUCAUACAUGAUAUCUGUGUAUGAGCUCCAUUCCAGAAGAUAGUGGUGGUGUUAA